AUGGUGGAGUACAAAAAUAUGCAUUCUGAUGAGAACAAGCAUCACAAGAAGAGAAAAAUCUUCCUCUUUUUCUCACUGGCAUCUUUACUAGUAGUGGCAAUUACCGUAGCAUCAGUUGUUGGAUCCCAGAGGAGCAAAGGCGGUGGUGGUGGCAGCGCAGCCCAAGCGGUGGUGAAAUCUACCUGCGCCGCCACAUUGUACCCAGAAUUAUGCUUGUCCACCAUCGCAGCAGUGCCGGAGGCUGCCAGCAGAAUAAAGAGCAGCAAAGAUGUACUGAUGACUGCUCUCAACUACACCAUUACCACUGUCGGGCACAAUUACUUCACUGUAAAGAAACUCGCAGCUAAGCGCAAGUCCCUGACAGUACGCGAGAGGGGUGCGCUCCAAGACUGCCUGGAAAUGAUAGACGACACACUGGACGAGCUUCAUGAUUCAGAGAGUGAGCUGAAAAACUACGGUUUGAAGAAUUACUCGUUGUCGGAUCAUGUUGAUAAACUCAAGACGUUGUUGAGCGCUGCACAAACUAAUCAAGAAAGCUGUCUCGACGGGUUUUCUCACGACGGGGCUGAUAAAAAAGUCCGUUCAGCUCUUUUGAAGGGUCAGAUGCAUGUUUUUCGAUUAUGUAGCAAUGUUCUAGCCAUGUUUAAGAACAUUACAGAUGCGGAAAUGGCUGCAAAUGGGGAUUCUCUUGUGGAGAGGAGGCUUGGAGAGGAAAAUGAGCACGAAUGGCCUAAAUGGCUGUCGGCCGGAGAUAGGAGGCUGCUGCAGGCUUCGACUGUGACGCCUGAUGUCACAGUGGCGGCCGAUGGAAGUGGAAAUUACCGGACAAUUUCAGCAGCGGUGGCAGCAGCUCCAGAAGGAAGCACUAGGAGGUAUAUAAUUGGGAUUAAAGCUGGUGUAUAUAGAGAGAAUGUGGAAAUACCGAGGAGGAAGACUAACUUAAUGUUCGUUGGAGAUGGGCGGACUACCACCAUCAUCACCGCCAGUCGGAAUGUGGUCGAUGGCAGCACCACCUUCAACUCCGCUACAGUUGCUGUGGUUGGUGAUGGAUUCUUGGCGAGGGAUGUCACAUUUCAAAAUACCGCAGGGCCAUCAAAGCAUCAAGCCGUCGCACUCCGGGUGAACGCUGACUUAUCCGCUUUCUACAGAUGCGACAUGCUCGCGUACCAAGACACCUUGUACGUGCAUUCACUCCGUCAAUUCUAUGUUGGUUGCCUCGUAGCAGGCACAGUCGAUUUCAUAUUCGGUAAUGCUGCAGUCGUGAUUCAAGAUUGUGACAUCCACGCACGACGUCCCAAUUCUGGCCAGAGAAAUAUGGUCACUGCUCAAGGCAGGGAUGAUCCAAACCAAAACACUGGUAUAGUUAUCCAAAAAUGUAGGAUUGGGGCAACUUCAGAUCUCAGGCCUGUUAUAGGGAGUGUUGAAACAUAUUUGGGAAGGCCUUGGAAGGAAUACUCGAGGACUGUCGUUAUGCAAUCUGACAUAAGCAAUGUUAUACAUCCAGCAGGGUGGUACGAGUGGAAUGGCAAUUUCGCGCUGAACACGCUAUUUUAUGCCGAGUAUCAGAAUACUGGUGCCGGUGCUGGAACGUCAAACAGGGUCACAUGGAGGGGAUUCAGGGUGCUCACUAGUGCGGCCGAGGCCCAACCUUUUACUGCCGGGAGAUUUAUCGCGGGCGGAAGUUGGCUAGCGGCAACUGGAUUUCCAUUUUCUCUUGGUCUUUAA